CAGGCCUCCACUCCACGCCAGUGUAACUUCCUAUCGCGCCAGACCGUGACCUGCAGCCGUGUUCGCCGUCGCCGGGCACAGCAAGAGGAAGUGGGAUGGUAAAUGUGAAUUGUGGAAUAUACCAAGUUCGACAGACGCAAACUAAAAAGGAAGCUAGAGUCAAAAGGAAAAAGCUUCCAGUUUCGAACUUACCUGAUUGACAAGAUGAACGGUGGGAUCGAAGAAAACAAUACCAAAGUUCUGAACACUACGCAGAACCCUGCCUCUCCCUCUCCCGCGCUGAGUUUUGUGUUCCUAAUUCCAAUACCCGUUUCCUAAUCUGAAACGCUUUGACAUGCAUAAGUUGAACUCUUUUUCAGUUGAUCAGUUAAACCAUUUGUCCAUUCCUCUUCUAGAUUUUUCACCACACAAGAACAAUAGUUCUCUUGAACAAAAUUUUGACAACAUAAAAUCCAACCUAGAGAAUCCUACUUGGGGAGAUUUGAUUCAUUCUGAACUAAAAAAUUUGAAAUGAAAGGGCUUUCUUUGACUGUUAAGAGUAGGAAAUGCGUUCCCGGUGUCUUUAUAGCCCUGGACUGUGAAACAAAGGAGUAUCCUGAACCUGCACCAUGGUAUUGACAGCAAUUCUCAAAUAUCGCAGAAUAGAAUUGGAUUCGAUGACAUAAAAUGCAAUAGAAACAAAGACAUGGGGAACAGGUUACCUACUCUUAACAGUCAAAAUGAACCCUUUCAUUCUGAAUUCUUUGAUUCGGAAUGAAUCAAAUCUUCCCAAGUAAGAUUCGAACCUAUGACCAUUCUAUUAAACUACUUCUCUGGGUUGGAUUUUAUGUAAUGAAAAUUUUGCCCAAGAGAACUAUUGUACUAGUGUGGUGAGUCCAUGACAAAAUCUAGAAGAGGAAUGGACUAAAGCUUUAACUGAUCAAUUGAGAAAAAGUUCAACUAAUGCAUGUCAAGGCGUUUCAGAUUUGGAAAUGGAUAUUAGAACUUUGGAACACAAAACCCAGCACGAGAGAGGGAGCGGCUGGCUUCUGCGUAGUGUUCUGUGAGAGGAACAUGGGCUGAAUUGAGUUGUCCCUUGUCACUGAAUAUAAUUAAAAGAAAUUAGUAAUUUAGUACUAUGUAUUACUUCAUUCUAGGUGUUUACUCUUCUAUGGAUUGCAAGGGUCAGAUAUCAGAACUUGAAAAUAUUGUGGAGUCCAAGAUAUAUACAGUUGAAGAUAGAACAGAGAUGGAUGCUUGUAUCCCUUCUGCAGGAGAGAGCUGUAGAUACUAUGAUCAAGCACAGUUUGCUGCUAUGAGUUUGAAACCAAAAAUUGAAGCCUUGUGGUCGGAGUCUGAUGUCUUGUCAGAAUUACAAAAGUCAUUGCAAGGUAACUAUAAAGAUGUGGAUGAUAAAUUUGAAGACCUGCAUACGCAGAUGUCCAACGAACUUGCCAAAAUCUUGUACUGUCUUGAAGAUCUUGGACUUCUAUGUACUCAUGAGGCUGUCAAAAUAUCUCUUGAGAAAUUCCACAACAUAGAGGAAGAGCAUGAAGGAUGCCAAAAAGAUUUUCUGCAUUGCAAACAUUUCCUUGAAAAUGUGAUGCAAAUAAUUGGGGAAUCUCUCCCUUCGGCUGAUAAAAGCCUUUGGGAGGUUGAAUUUGACCAUACUGGGGCAGUAACUUUGGGUUACAUAUCUCCAAAAUUACAUGAACUUAUUCAGAUCUUCCAAUCCCUUGGAGAAUCUAGCUAUGUUUCCUGCCUUAUUUUUGUUGAGAGAAUAAUCACAGGUAAGGUUAUUGAAAGGUUUGUGAAGAAAGUUCCCCAGUUAUCUCAUUUCACAGUUUCAUAUGCAACUGGAAGCAAUACAUCAAAUGAGUUACUGGCAUUAAAGAGGCAGAAGGAAACAUUGGGUUCAUUUUCCUCUGGAAAGGUCAAUCUCUUCUUUACCACUGAUGUAAUUGAGGAAGAAAUCCAUAUCCCCAGCUGCUCUCCUGCUAUACGUUUUGAUCUACCCAAAACAGUUCAUAGUUAUAUACAAUCAAGGAGACGGGCUAGGCGGGCCAACUCUCAGUUUAUUGUGAUGCUGGAAAGGGGAAACUUGAAGCAAAGAAAUCAACUGUUUGACAUAAUCAGGAGUGAGCGUUUCAUAACCGAUGACUCUAUUAAUAGUGGCCUCGAUAUUUUCUCCCCAAGGGCUUGUACACUAGAACAAGCAAUCACAUACUCAGUGGACUCUACUGGAGCAUCAGUCACGUCAUAUUCUAGUGUUACUCUCAUUCAUCAAUACUGUGAAAAGCUCAAAGGAGAUAAGCACUUCAAUCCAAAGCCAAUUUUUGAGUUUUUUGACUUGGAAGGUGGUUACCAGUGCAAGUUGUCAUUGCCUCCUAAUGCAGCUUUUCAAACGAUAGUUGGUCCCUUGAGCAGAAAUGCUCAUUUGGCAAAACAGCUUGUAUGUUUAGAAGCAUGUAAGAAGCUCCAUAAAAUGGGUGCGUUGGAUGAUCAUCUUUGCCCAUCAGUUGAAGAAACUCUGCCAUGGGUUCAUACUGUAAAAGGCAAUAAAACAAGUCCAGGAACCACAAAAAGGAAGGAGUUGCAUGGCUCAGCUAGCAUUCGUGCUUUAUGUGGAACUUGGAAAGAUAAACUUGAUGGAGCCAUAUUUCAUGCCUAUACAUUUGAUUUCACCUGUAAUGUUGCUCAUGAUGUGUACUCUGGGUUUGUUCUUCUGAUUGAGUCAAAGCUUGAUGAUGACGUUGGAAAUUUUGAAUUAGAACUCUACCUGAUCUCAAAGAUUGUGAAGACUUCAGUCUCAUCAUGUGGCCAAGUGCGUUUGGAUGCUGAGCAGAUGAAGAAUGCAAAAUCUUUCCAUGAACUUCUUUUCAAUGGUGUAUUUGGGAGAUUAGUACUUCGUUCCAAAGAAGCAGGGGGAAGGCAAUUUUUACUUCAGGAUGAAACGUCAUCAUUAUGGAUUCCAUCAAACUUAUAUUUGCUUCUACCUCUUGAUAAACAUGAUAGUUAUGAGGAAUCUUUGAAAAUCAACUGGGCAGGAAUCAACUCUUGUGCUUCUGCUAUUGAAUUUAUGAGGAAAAAGUAUUCUCUAGGUGAUGACCAUUGUGAUGAUUAUAGAAAAAAUUUACCAUCCCAUGAUAUCAGUAUGUCAGAGGCAGAUUGUGGGGGCAGGGAAAAGAUUCAUUUUGCUAAUUGUGUGUUUGAUGUUAACAAUGUCAAAGAUAUGGUAGUUUUGGCCAUCCACACUGGAAGAAUAUACUGUAUAAUUGAAGCUGCUCAUGAUCUGUCUGCUGAAAGUCCUUUUGUUGUAACUGCUGAGAAUCUGGCUGCAGCAGAGCGUAUCACCUUCUCUGAUUAUUACCGCAAAAGGUAUGGGAUUACACUAAGACAUCCAGGACAGCAUUUGCUGCUUUUGAGGCAAAGUCAUAAUCCACACAACCUUCUUGUGAACUUCAAUGAGGAUGAUACUCUAGGUAAGUCGCCAGAAGGUGGCCUGGUAACCCAAAAAGCAAGAGCUUAUGUUCACAUUCCACCGGAGCUUCUCUGCACCCUUGAUGUUCGACGAGAUGUGUUAAAGUCACUUUACCUGCUUCCAUCUUUGAUGCAACGCCUUGAAUCAUUUAUGCUAGCCAGUCAACUUAGACAAGAGAUAGCUGGCCAAGAUAGCAGCUUCAACAUACCAAGCUUUCUGAUUCUAGAAGCACUUACAACUGUAAGAUGUUGUGAAAAAUUUUCAAUGGAACGUCUUGAGUUGCUUGGAGAUUCCGUCCUCAAGUAUGCUGUUAGUUGUGAUCUCUUUCUUAAAUAUCCAAAGAAGCAUGAAGGACAAUUAUCUGCUCAACGCACAUGGGCCGUUUGUAAUUCAACCCUACAUAAAUAUGGAACAGAUCACAAAAUACAGGGAUAUAUUCGUGACUCUGCAUUUGAGCCCCGACGGUGGGUUGCUCCAGGACAGCAUUCUAUACACCCUGUUCAUUGUGAAUGUGGGGUAGAAAACCUUGAAGUUCCUUUAGAUGAAAAGUUUCAAAGUGAAGAUCCAAAAAUUGUGGUUGGGAAGUUCUGUGACAGGCGUCACCGUUGGAUAUGUUCAAAGACUAUUGCGGAUUGUGUUGAGGCUCUGAUAGGCGCGUAUCAUGUGGGUGGUGGACUACUUGCUUCACUUCAUGUGAUGAAGUGGUUUGGAAUUUGUGUUGAUCUUGAACCAUCUUUGGUUGAUGAAGCAAUUGCUGUUGCAUCUCUUCACAUAUAUUCACCAAAACAAAAUGAGAUUGCAAGCCUUGAAACAAAAAUUGGGUAUGAAUUCUCUGUCAAAGGACUUUUGCUGGAGGCAAUCACACAUGCAUCUGAGAAUGAACUUGGGGGUUGCUAUUCUUAUGAGAGGCUUGAGUUUCUUGGCGAUUCAGUAUUGGACCUGCUUAUCACAUGGCAUCUAUAUCAGAGCCAUACGGACAUUGAUCCAGGGGAGUUAACUGAUUUGCGAUCUGCUUCUGUCAAUAAUGAAAACUUUGCUCAAGUUGCGGUCAGACAAAAUUUACAACAGUAUCUUUUGCUUAGCUCAGAUUUAUUACUUGGCCAAAUCAAUGACUAUGUCAGGGUUGUUUCUGAAUUGAACAACACAAAAUCACUUCCAGUCAUUAAAGGACCCAAGGUACUUGGAGAUUUAGUAGAAAGUAUUGCAGGGGCUAUACUAAUUGACACCAAACUUAAUCUUAAUGAAGUGUGGAAAAUUUUCAAGCCUUUAUUAUCUCCCAUUGUCACUCCUGAUAAACUUGAACUGCCUCCAUUACGUGAACUACUAGAAUUAUCUGGCUCUCUUGGGUAUUUCAUAAAAGAAAAAUGUAAGAUGAAGGGAGAUACGGUGUAUGCAGAGCUUAGUUUACAGCUUCAAGAUGUCCUGUUGGUUCAAGAGGGACGAGGCCCAAAUAAGAAAACAGCAAAAGGAGAAGCUGCUUUUCGUUUAUUAAAGGAACUUGAGAAGAGGGGAAUUUCAUUCAAUAAUUGUGGGACCAAGAGAAAAAGAGAUAGUACUGAUCAUUUCUUUGAUUCUUCUUCUCCAAAGAUGGAAUUUAAUAUUUGCUCUGGUCUACCCGAUAAGCAUGUUUCAAAGCCGGUAACGUGUAAGAAGGCCAAGGUGGACAAAACUAAUCCAGCAGCUGUCAACGGCUCUUCCAUGGAACUCUCUGAUUCCAAUCAUGCAAUUCCAGUUAUUGCAUCAAUCAACAUGAAGAAGGGAGGACCCAGGACCACCCUAUUUGAGCUAUGCAAGAGACUACAAUGGCCAAUGCCUACAUUUCUCUCAACGGAACACAAACAGGGUACUCCAUUUGAAUUUGGCAAAGGUUCAGAACGAAGAAAAGGGUAUAUCUGUUUUGUGUCAAGCAUACAACUGUGCAUACCCAAUUAUGGUAAUAUCGAUUGUGAAGGAGAUUCUAGAGCGGAUAAGAAGAGUUCACUUGACUCUGCUGCAUUGGAAAUGCUCUAUGAGCUACAGCGACUGGGAAAACUCAAGAUUGGUGAUUUCUAACUUUGGCCACAUAGAGGAAUCAUGAGUUUGAUUGGUCGUCCUAUAUAUUAUAGCUACAGCGCUUGUUAAAAUAUGUUAAUAUUGUGUUUAUUCGGGUAGUUGUUAUUAGUUGGUAGUUAGGGACUAAGCAUUUAUUAUUCUCUGGUAGUAUUCUUGUAUAAAUACCCUUGUAAAGCUUGAGAAUUGUGAAUUUAGAGGGAUUUGAAAUGUAGUCAGUGUAGAAGACUGAUCUACAUUCUAUUAUAUUUAUAGAGAAUGUACAAGACAAAGCAAUAAAUGAGAGUUAAUUACAUCA